AUAAAGGCCACAACCAAUGUCAGUCGAAAGAAGUGCGCGUGAGCAUCUGACGCUUUACUAGUUUUUAAAAUUAUUUUUAAGUUUUUUUUUUCCAAAAUGGCUUCAGCCUUAAUCAAGUUCAGUGCCUUGUUGAUGCUGGUCGGCGCCUGCGCAGCUGAUGUCGGUGAAGUGUUAGCAAGCCAGAGUCCAGUGACGGAAGUAUGCCUGGGUUGCAUAUGCCAGGCGGUUUCGGGUUGCAAGCAAGGCUUACAAUGUGAUGGAGACGCGUGUGGCCUCUUCCGUAUCACAUGGGCGUAUUGGGCUGAUGCCGGGAAACCCACACUCCCUGGACGUACUAUUGACUCCCCAGAUGCAUACGCCAGCUGUGCCAACGAUCCUCAGUGUGCUGCCCUCACCGUACAGGGAUACAUGAGGCGUUUCGGACAGGACUGCAACAACGACGGUGUAGUAAACUGCUACGAUUACAUGGCAAUCCACAAACUGGGAGGCUAUGGAUGCAAGGGCGAUCUACCGUUCCAAUACGUCAAUGUGUUCCAGCAAUGUAUUGCAGCAGUUGCAGCUCACCAAGGAUAAAAGUUGCCAUAACGAAAAAAUCAUACACGACGAACUUUAGUCUUUAGUCAUAAUCAUGUCAAUAAAAAAACUAAUGAACGAAAUGGCGCCAAAAGGCAUAAAUAAUGUGACAAAUUAAAUAAUAUAAAAAUGAAUGUAAAGAUUAUUGAACUGUAAUGCGAUACGAGUCUGUAAAUUUAAGGAAUGUAUUAAUUGUAAUUAGUUAGUAAGAAAA